UUAAAUAAUACAAAAGAAUACUUUUUCUUAAGGCUGGAUUUCUUGAGAUUUAUUGCUUUUGCUUGCAAAACAGCUCAGCAGCUGAAGUCUGCUCUUUGUGAGUCAACUCUAAAGCAGAAUCAGUUUGCACUGAAAAGAUAGACAUUAAUAUAAUUUGCAGUUUCUCAUACUACACCUUUAGUUCCCACACUUUCAGACUGAGAAAACAAGUCAUAAUGUCUUCCUGUGUCUUUCGCGGCAUGACUUUUUACCUCCAAUUUUACUUCUUAGUCUUGUUUUUUUUUCAUACCUAUCACCACUGCUUUUCUAGUUCUCAGUGAAGGAGUAUUGAUGGAAGAUGUGAUAAAUGCAUCCUGUACUGAAAUGUCCUGUCACUAAUGGCAGUCAUCUUUAGUCAAAUAGCAGUUCCCCUUACUCCAAAAUAAAAUGUUUAUUUUAAUGUGUUGUCUAAUGCAUCAAUUACAACGUAAAAGUUGAGCUCACAAAGCAAACAGGAAACAAGAUCACAGGCCUGACGAAAGAAACACUGAGAGUAGUUAGGUGGUGUACUUCCUCUCAUCAAGAAGUUUCCUGCGUCUAACAGUCAUGCCAGAUUAACUGCCAUCAACACACGAGGGAAGAAGUCGCACAUGCUUCUUGAGGUGGAAAAACAACCAUGAAUGUCUCAAAAACGGACGAAAUCAAAAUGGACAAUGCCACCUUGGCCCUGUUUGACAACAAAUUGGCAAGUGAUAUUGUGUCAGCCAUCUAUUUCAUCGUGACCCUUGCCAACCUGAGCGGUAACGGCAUCUCUCUGUUUCUGUUACUGAUGCGCACCUCUCCGAAAACCCCCUCCAUCAUCUUCAUGAUCAACCUCACCCUGACUGACUUGAUACUGGGCACUGUGCUCCCCUUUCAGAUUGCCUACCAAAUGCAGGGUUACAACUGGACUUUGGGUACGGGCAUGUGCAAUGUACUGAUGGUGGUUUUCUACAGCAACAUGUACUGCUCCAUUUUAUCCAUGACUGCCAUCAGCGCCGACCGCUACGUGGGGAUUGUGAAACCGAUGCGCUUCAGAGAGAUGAGGAAGAGGAAAACAUAUGCAAUUGUUGCCUGUAUAUUCAUAUGGCUGCUAGUCCUUGUGAUUCUGAGCCCGCUGCAAAAAACAGACUUGACAUAUUUUGUAAAGGAGCGCAAUAUCACCACAUGUUUUGACGUGUUGAGGAAGGACAUGCUCCCGAGCACUGCUCACUGGGCAGGCUUCAUUUUUGGCAUGUUCAUCAUCCUCUUCCUCUGUCCGUUCAUCAUAACAGUGUUUUGCUACAUUAACAUCAUCUGUGUCCUGGUCAGAAAAACCAAUAGUCAACAGAAAGGCCGUGCUGUGCGGUUGGCGUGCAUCGUUCUGUUUGUGUACAUCUUUUGUUUUGCUCCCAAUAAUAUAUUACUAUUGGCCCACGCAAUCAUAAGGCUGUACUAUGACCAAUCUCUCUAUAUCUACUAUAAACUCUCCCUGUCUCUUAGCUGCAUUAAUAGUUGCAUAGAUCCAUUUAUUUAUUAUUUUGCAUCGAAAGAGUUUCGUCGGAAGCUAAGGCAAAUGCUGAGGUGGCAUACUCUCAGCACAGGAGAGAUGCAAAUGAUUGAGGGUCGUAGAGAAAGCUUUUUCUCUGGACGUACAACAGGCAAUGCAAAUGAGGACUGUGACAAUUUUUAACAUUUCUUUUUGUUGUUUUUAAUAUUUUUCGUUUCUGCUAUUUUUAUUUUGAGAAGAUAUUAGGGGGAUUGUCAGAAUCAGCGGCCAUAUGAGCACUGUUAAAUGAGUCAGAGCACAAGUGCUAACAACCACGGCUUUGACACAAUUCAUAGUGCUUAUAAUAAUAUAAUGCAAACUCAUAGGAAGGACCACUUCCCACAGAUAGUUUUCUUGUUAUCGUUUUGUAGCGUUUAGCUUUUGUUCCGUUUUGAUUUCCUGGCUGAGCAACUGAGUACAAGCAUGCUGCUCACAUGCAUUCAGGGCGCGUGAUGUUGUGUAUCUUGUUUUAGGUUUUUUUGGUAUCAUACACCCAAGUUCCUUCUCACCGAAACUUUGACAUAUUUUUUGUACAUUGAUGUGUGGUUAGCAGCAACUUCAGUAAUUUCUGAUCUGACUGAAAAACUACAAAGAUUUAUUGUGGCAGCUAUUUUAGAUGUAUUGCUAAUC